CUCAGCAUGUCGAUGUUCGGAGAUGUCGGUGGCUUUGGCGGCGGCGGCGGCUUCGGUGGUUUCGGUCGUCGAUUUGGAGGCUAUAUGGAUGACCCCUUUGAUCGUCGAGUAGGAGCUCCAGCUCAUGCAUAUGAGGAGUACUAUCGAGCAUACAGCAUGGCCAUGUUGCCAGGCAAAGAAAGACUCAACGUCAGCUAUGGAGGCAAGAUCAUCAUGCCUACUUCGGCCCUCGCUCGUCUCACCCAAAUGGACAUCGCCUCGCCCUACCUUUUCCAAAUCAGUCCACACGGCAGCGACAAGAAGACCCACGCAGGAGUCCUCGAGUUCAUUGCAGAUGAAGGCAAUGUCCACCUUCCAGCAUGGAUGAUGCGCCAACUCGGCCUCAACGAAGGCGAUCCUGUCCGUCUUAACGGCACCACUCUCCCCAAGGGCAAAUUCGUCAAGAUCCAAGCCCAGACUGUCGACUUCCUCGAAAUCAGCGACCCCAAAGCCGUCCUCGAGCAAGCAUUCCGCAACUUCUCCUGCCUCACUCUGGGAGACAUCGUUGAGAUCUCGUACAACUGCCUCACAUUCGAGAUCUUGAUCAUGGAGACUGUCCCCGAAGCCGAGGGCAUCUUAAUCAUCGAUACUGACUUGGAGGUCGAUUUCGCCCCACCCAAGGGGUAUGUGGAGCCUGCACCGAAGCCACGCCCACCCCCGCCCACUAUGGCUUCGAAGCUCAACAUUGAUACCAACAAGGUCGAGGUACACUCUUCGCGUGGCUCAACGCCUUCCGUUGGCGGGCCCUCUCGCGCAGAUUCCAGCGCAGGCGAUGCCUCUACUGCCGGUCCAUCUGGCUCCUCCUCAAACCUCCCAUCGGCACCCUUCCGCGGCUCUGGUCAGUCUCUCUCAGGCAAAAAGUCCAAGGGCAAGAAGGAGCGACCCAUCGAAGCCGUUGACCAAUUCAGCAUGAUCCGUCGCACGCGCGACGGGCCCAAUAUCGUGACCAAUGACACGCAAGUAGGCGAGAAGAAGGUGCCCGCACGCUUGGACUUGCCUUUUGGGCAGCUGUUCUUUGGGUAUAAGUACAUACCGUUGGGAGGAGAGAAGGAUGAGAAGAAGGAGGGCGAGCAGAAGCUUGGGCAGACGAGGAUCACCUUCGAGGGGCAGGGGCAGACCUUGAGUGGCAGGGCGCCUAGGAGACCGCCUCCGCCGAAGGAGGAUGACAAGGAGCAGCAGCAGCAGCAAGCGGGCGCAGCUGAAGGUGGAGCUCCGGCCUCGUCCGAGCCUUUCUCUGGGCAAGGGCAGACGCUCGCUGCUUCCAGUCGCGGCGCUAGGUCGAGCAGGAAGAGAGAGAGAAGAGGAGCUGGUGGAGGAGGUGGUGGGACGACGGGUGGUGGGAGAGAGAGCGCAAUUGUUGUUGAUGACUCGGACUGAAUGUGGACCGGAGGCGAGGAUAGCGUGGGGGUUCAGGCGAUGUCGCGCAUCGCCACUUCCCCCUUGAACCGUCUCAUCACGCACUUCGACAUCUCAGCUCUUCAUGCUCAUGGUCCUCUUCCAGCUUUCGUCAAUCUAGACAUCCUUCCCUGAUCCAGACCACCGUCAAUGAUGUGCUCGUCUCGAGAUCGAUAUCAACAUUACUCGAGCCACACUGGAAGCGAGACAGAGAUUAGACCGAUGACCGAGGCAAUUUGGAAUGAAAGGUGUACAAGUGGGAAGCGUUCUACUGGCCUAUCUCGUAGUCGAUGGUGGUGAAACAAUGAUGAUGAUGGUGGAGGUGGCUCAAAGGCUUUAAUCUAUGAAAUGGUAUCGCAUCGUCCGCUGCCCGCUCCUUGAGCUCUCUCAUUCGCUAGCUCGCCUCACUUCUCCUCUU